GAAAGAAUUCACCACAAGAUCGAUCGCUAGAAGAAGAAACUGCAGGCAGAGAAUGAGACGGUAGCGCGCAACCCGCAUAGCCCGUUGUCCGAGACAACAGCGCAUGCGUAGUAUCGUUAAUUCAAAUGGUGGACAGCAGUGACGAAGACGAAGCUCCAAUAGGAGAUUUACAGGAGCGGCUAGCUCAGUUGAGACCUUCGAGACAACUUUUAGAUUAUUAUCGUACGAAAAUUGCUGAAUAUGAUGGAGAACACACACAAAUGAUGGAGAAACUAGACAAGUACAAAACAGCAUAUGAACAUCAGCAUCAACUGGAAUGGGAAGUGCGUCAACGCGAGGAAGAGAUAGCUGAGCUUCAAAAAGCGUUGAGCGACAUGCAGGUGUAUUUGUUUCAAGAGCGAGAGCACGUGUUGAGACUCUACGCCGAGAACGACAGGUUGAAAAUUAGAGAGCUGGAAGAUAGAAAGAAAAUCCAACAAUUGCUGUCGUUAACUCAACCGGUUGAACCUGAAGUGACGUAUUUUCAACGCAAGAAAGUAAUUGUGGAGCAGCAUUCGCGGAAGAUGAGUCAGUCACCGACAGGUAUGUCAGGACGUGGACCUGGAGGUCACAAGAAAGGUCCACUGAAGAAAGAGGAUGACAAACCGUCUAGUCAAGAAGUUGAAUCGUUGGUGUUGACAAUACAGUCGUUUCAAUCUCAGUUGGAAGAGCAGACGAAGCUGGCAAAAGAGCAGAUGAAUGCAUUCAUGGAAGAUCGCCAUGUCAAAGCAGAGGAACAUCAACUUCGCGAGGAACGAGAUACGAAUAAAAUCGCUGCAUUGACUGAACGACUACACGAGAUACAAGAGUUGUUGUAUGGCAGCACAAAAGACUAUUUGGAAUUGAAGUAUGAACUGAGAGCAAAGGAGAGGCAAUGGAUGGCAGAGAAAGACAAGUUACUGCAAGAACUAGAUCAGCUGAGAGAAGAACUGAAAGUCAAUGGAGAAGAGAGUCAAGUAUUGGAUCAGACGACUAUGGAUUUUGCUGACUCAAGGAGACAGAACAUGUUAGUAGUACGUCAAUUGCGAAACCAGUUGCAGCAAUCUCAGAAGCUUGCUGAGAUGUACAGAGAGCAGUGCAUUCACAUGGAAGAGGAACUUUGUCGUGUGCGGGAAGAAUGCGAUGUUUCAAAGCAGAUUUUCAAGGAGCGGACUGAUCGUCUCACCAAACGUUUGAGUCUUAUGAACACGCGGUAUCAAGGUCUUGACAAGCGAAGAGGUCUGGAGGUGGAGGGUUUCAAGAGUGACAUCAAGUUGUUGAAACAGAGGUUGCGAGAUGUUGAGAAGCAACUUUAUAAGGUUACCCUCAAUCUCGGGGAAGGAGACGACGUUGAAAUCCUCAGGAAUGUUCGGAAAACUGCUGGACGGUCGAAGAAACUAGUUGGUGAACUACAACAACUAAAGGCCGGCAUCUACUCGCUAGAAAACGACCUCAGACACUUAUAAGGUACAGCAUGUUACUCAUGGUGUUAUAGUAUGAUGGCAUUGCAGACCUAGAAUUUGUUAUUCAUCUAUACUAUAAGUAAUUUUAUAUGGGAGCCAGAUUUGGUGUUAACUUGAUGCUUUAGUUGCGUUUGCUUACCAUGGAGAAAACAAACAGAGUCAUCCACUGUAA